AUGUCAUUCCUCAAGAACUACAUCGGGUUUGGCGGGGCCGCUCCCGCCCAGGACCAGAAGAACGCCGUCAGAGCCCUGCCUGCAUCAUGGUACACAUCCCAGGAGAUGUAUGAGCUCGAACGUCGCGCCAUCUUCUCCAGGAAAUGGCUCCUGACCACCCACAAGGCCAGGGUGCCUAACCCGGGCGACUGGAUCAAGUACAACGUCGCCGGCUACUCCUUUAUCAUCGUCCAAGACCGCAAGGGCAAGAUCAACGCCUUCCACAACAUCUGCAGACACCGCGCCUUCCCGGUAGUGACCGAGGAUGGCGGUAACAGCUUCAUGUUCUCCUGCAAGUACCACGGCUGGUCCUACGGCCUCAGCGGCAAUCUCGCCAAGGCACCCGGCUACCAGGACCUUGAUGGCUUCGAUAAGUCCAAGAACGGUCUCUUCCCUAUCCAUGUCCACAUUGACCGCAAUGGCUUCGUCUGGAUCAACAUGGAUGCGAACGAACAGCCUGAGGUUCCAUGGAAUGAGGACUUCCUUGGUGUUGACGAGCAGGAGAGAUUCCAGCACUACAACUUCGAGGAUUAUCAGUUCGACCACAGCUGGGAGAUGGAGGGAGAGUACAACUGGAAGAUCCUCGCCGAUAACUACAAUGAGUGCUACCACUGCAAGGUUGCUCACCCCGAUAUCCCCUCCAUUGCCGAUCUCAACUCGUACUACGUCGACACCAAGGACGCGUACAUCCAACACUUUGGCCAGCCUACGGCAGAGCAAAUCGAGAAGGGUUUCCGUGUGGCUGCGACCUACUUCUGGCCCAAUGCAUCCAUGAACGUCUCUCCUCACUUCUUCUUCAUUCAGCGCUUCGUCCCCACAGGGCCUACCACAUCAGUGAUGAGAUACGAGAUCUUCCGCAACGAGAACUCCAGCGACGAGGAUUUCACCGUCAUCAGCGACAUGUACAAGCGCAUCAUGUCCGAGGACAAGUACCUCUGCGCCAACGCCCAGAAGAACAUCAACGCCGGCGUCUUCGUCAACGGCGAGAUGCACCCAGAGAUGGAGAAGGGCCCCCUCUUCUUCCAGCAGCGGGUUCGUGAGAACGUCACGGCGCACUUCAAGAAGGAGCAGCAAAUCGGUGCCCAGAUCUGGCCCGCCCAGCAACAGGUUCCCAAGACCGCCGCGGUAAGCCAAGAAGACGAGAACUUCUGCUCCGCAGUGGACUGCUGCAGGAACAAGAACAAGAUGGACGAGAAGAAACCGCUGUGCUUGGAUGAGGCGAUCGCUUUCUAA